AUGGACACCGUCAAGGCACCCGCGGCCGUGCCUCAAGACGCUCCGGCAGAUAUACUAGAGCGCAAACCAUUCUCUGAACUCGGGCUGUCGGACAAUACGAUGAAGGCCCUAGAAGAGAUGGGAUUCAAGACAAUGACGCCGGUACAAGAAAAAUCAAUACCUCCUCUUCUUGCCGGGAAGGAUGUCCUUGGUGCAGCGAGAACAGGUUCGGGCAAGACCCUCGCUUUCCUCAUCCCUGCCGUGGAACUCCUCCAUCGACUAAAAUUCAAGCCACGGAACGGUACUGGUAUCAUUGUCAUCUCGCCCACUCGCGAGCUUGCACUUCAAAUCUUUGGUGUUGCAAAGGACCUCAUGGCGCACCAUUCACAAACCUUCGGUAUCAUCAUGGGCGGUGCCAACCGGAGAGACGAGGAGACGAAGCUGCAGAAGGGUGUGAAUCUUCUGAUUGCGACUCCUGGUCGGCUAAUAGACCAUCUCGAGGGCUCGAAGGGUUUCGUCUUUCGGAAUCUGAAGGGCCUCAUUAUUGAUGAGGCCGAUCGGAUUCUGGAGGUGGGUUUCGAAGAACAGAUGAAGAAAAUCAUCAAUGUCUUGCCUAGUGAGGGGCGUCAGUCUAUGCUAUUCUCUGCUACGCAGACAAGAAAAGUUAGCGACCUCGCGCGUAUGUCAUUACGUCCCGGUCCCCUCUACGUCGAUGUCGAUAAGACAGAAGAGACGAGUACUGUUGCAACCCUCUCCCAAGGCUACGUCGUCUGCCCCUCCGACCGCCGCUUCCUCCUGCUCUUCACUUUCCUGAAGAAAAACAUGAAGAAGAAAGUUAUCGUCUUCUUCUCAAGCUGUAACUCCGUCAAGUACCACUCCGAGCUCCUCAAUUACAUUGACGUCCCUGUACUUGAACUACACGGGAAGCAAAAGCAGCAGAAGCGAACAACCACAUUCUUCGAGUUCUGCAAUGCGGAGUCCGGUAUCUUGCUAUGCACGGACGUCGCUGCGCGAGGACUCGAUAUUCCCCGCGUUGACUGGAUCAUCCAGUACGACCCACCCGAUGACCCUCGAGACUAUAUCCACCGCGUGGGCCGGACGGCGCGUGCAGGAAAGGUCGGGAAGAGUCUGCUCUUCCUCCUACCCUCCGAACUUGGAUUCUUGCGCUAUUUGAAGGAAGCGAAGGUCCCUCUGAACGAGUUCGACUUCCCUGCAAACAAGAUUCAGAACGUGCAAACCCAGCUGGAGCAUCUGCUUGAGAAGAACUACUACCUGUACAACUCCGCGAAGGACGGCUUCCGAUCAUAUCUGCAGGCGUAUGCGUCAUAUUCCCUCAAGCAGAUUUACGACGUCAACAAGCUUGAUCUCGCCAAGGUCGGUAAAGCCUUUGGGUUCAAGGUUCCCCCGCGCGUCAAUGUCAGUAUCGGUGGUGGUAAGGGCGGCGCAGGGAGAACGGGCGCCAAGCGGAAACGGGGUGAGGAGGAAGAGGAAGAGUGGGAGGAGAUAGACGCGGUAGACAAGGAUGGGAGCGAGGAGGAGGCUGAGGAGCAGCCGCGUGCGGCAAAGGGUGCGUAUGAGCAGUCGCGAUCAAGACGACAAGAGAUCAUGGGCAAGAAGGCACUGGAGAAGGACAAGUUUAGGCAAGGCAUGGAGAGGAAAAAGAUGAAGGCGAGCGGGCAGCAAUGGAGUCGAUGA